UUACUGAUGACGACGUCACAUGUGAAUCACGUGAUCACAUCUCGGCUCAUUUCGCGUGCUGCAAGCUGCUAUUGCAACGUAGACAUUAAAGCCUCGUAGUCAUAAACAAAAGUGAUAUAUAAUUGAGUAUUUUAAAAAAUAAUAGCGCUUUAUAACUAAUGUCCUCCUUAGCGGACAAGGACUCAUCUCAGAUGUGGAAAAAAACGAGUGUAUUUUCUGGAUGACGCUUCACGCUGCUGUCUGUGCCUCGUUACGCUACUGAUCCAAACCAGGAAGUAAAAUGCUGUCGUCGUCUACAAGCUAGCUGUUACUUUUCGCGAUGAAAGAACACAUACAGAAACAUUACUACACGAGGUUAUAAUUCAGCAAGAAUUAACGUUAUUGGUGUCUCUGCGUAUGUAUUUAUAGCUAUUUUAAAUAGAAUCGUCACUGUAUCUGGCCUUUGAGCCCAUAGCUAGCCAGCUUGUUGAUUAGCUAUCUGGGGAGGAUUGUCAUCGCUAAUAGUUUAUGUUAGCAGGUUAGGUUUGGUGAUGGCUGCGGCACAAAUAAAAUGCUUUCUGGUCAGCGUUUCACUUUUAUUGCUGCUGUCUGUGUGCAACGCGAGGAUACACAGGCUCAGCCUGAAGAAUGAAACACGGUUUGUAGUCGACCUCAAUAACUUUGGUUUCUACGCCAAUGGGACUUUAGAUGUGAACCUGAGUGAGUUGUGGGUCGAAAAGUUGGACUACACACCGUAUCCAGUUGGUUUUAGCCUGUCCAGGUCACGUGUCAGUGGCAUGUUGUCCUACACUGCAGAGGUGACCGAACCUUGCCCACUCAAAAUGCAGAACACAACCAAUAACGAACACGAUGAGCCRCUCAUUUUUUUUGUUAUUGAUGUCAUGAAACCGAGUGUCAGUGUGACGACAAGGGGUGUUCAAGACAACAUCUUGUUUGCAAAUGUGACGGAAGAAGCAAAUAAAAUCCAGAGGAAAGUUAGAGAGAGUUCUGCUAAUAACAAAGACAAAAAGUCAAAAGAGUCUGAGGAACAGAAGAAAGAAGCUCGGACAGAAGAAAAGCAAACCCCAGAAAGGGAAGUUAAAAAAGAGAAGGCGAAAGAAUAUCCUCUGGACGAAGAUACUAAGCUGACUUUAGCUUUGGACAAAGGAAAUGGCUUUUACAACUUCAGUUUCCGCGUGUUGUUCGGUUUGAAGGCUCAGGGUCUGUACAGCCUCAAGUUCCACUACUGUUGGAACAGGGAACAUGCAGCCAAACUGCCGUACUCGUUCACGGUGGAAGUGAWAGAGAAGAAUCCAGAAGGGUACCUGUCUGCAGCAGAAAUCCCAUUGUCUCGCCUUUAUAUCUGCAUGGCUGGAGUCUUCUUCACCGCUGCUUUGGUUUGGGUGUACACGCUGAUGAAGCACAGGUACAGUGUGUUCAAGAUCCACUGGCUGAUGGCAGCACUGGCGUUCACCAAAUCCAUAUCAUUGGUUUUCCACAGCAUCAACUUUCACUUCAUCAACACUGAGGGGCAUCCUAUUGAAGGCUGGGCUGUCAUGUAUUACAUAACACACCUGCUGAAAGGGGCUCUGCUGUUCAUCACGUUGGCACUGAUCGGCACCGGCUGGGCUUUUGUCAAAUACAUUUUGUCAGACAAAGAGAAGAAGAUUUUUAUGAUAGUGAUUCCUCUGCAGGUCCUGGCUAAUGUUGCCUACAUCAUCAUCGAGUCUACAGAGGAAGGCUCCAGUGAGUACUACCUGUGGAAGGAGAUCCUCUUUCUGGUCGACCUUAUCUGCUGCGGAGCCAUUCUUUUCCCUGUCGUCUGGUCAAUUCGUCAUCUACAGGAAGCUUCUAGUACAGAUGGCAAAGCUGCCAUGAAUCUGGAGAAGCUCAAGCUCUUCCGACAUUAUUACGUGAUGAUUGUGUGCUACAUCUACUUCACGAGGAUCAUAGCCAUUUUGCUGAAGAUCACGAUGCCUUUUCAGUGGCAGUGGUGCUAUGAGUUUCUGGUGGAAGUGUCCACUUUGAUCUUUUUCGUGCUGACGGGCUACAAGUUCCGACCAGCGUCCAAUAACCCGUACCUCCAGCUUCCCCAGGAUGAAGAGGAUGUGGAGAUGGAUGAAGUUGUGACAGAGUCCGGUGCACUGGAGGGCAUUACCAAAGUCAAGAAGACSUCUAACGGUCGCGAGCGCCAGAAAGAGCCCACCCUGUAAGCAGAACGCUGCGUCUUUGGGAGGGACCAACUGAAACAGACCCAGACCUCCUGGUUUUGGGGUGCAUAUGGACCAAGACUCCUCCCGCUUCCACUGACAGCUCUCUUGUUGAAACUCUUCAGGUGGCUGCAAAGGUCAUGCCCACUGUCUGGCUAUGCAAAAAAAAAACAACAAACAAACAGAACAAAUCAUAAAAAGACUUAAGAUGAUGGAUGCUCUUCAUUUCUUGUGGACACUCCACUCAGAAACAAGGUUUCUGUCACUUGAACUGGUGGAGAUACGAAAAAAGGAGCUCUGUUGUUGUAAUCCUUUUUCCCUCUUGUUUUUUUUUUUUUUUUCUCCAAAGAUGAUAAUUAUUUUAGCAUCAGACUUGCUUUUGAGUGUGUUGACUUCUGCUAUUUAAAACAAUACUUUUGUGAGAUUCUUAGCUCUAUGUGUGGUGUAUGUGUGUGUGAGAGAUAAACCAGAUUCAAACUCCAAUUUUUUUUCCUUUUGGAGACAAUAGCCCAUACUCAGGUAAAAGGCUUAUUAGUGUAUGUAAAAUUCUAAGCAGCAAGUCUCUUUCCCACAAUUAAAGGUUAAUAAUUUUCCUUUAACCGUGAAACUGAACACAAUGCCAUACUUUGUUUUUCUUUUCUUCACAGAUUUGUAUAUUGAAAUAUAUAGACAUAACUGACUAACAGACUGUAUAUUUUAAUAUGUGAACUAGAAGUGUCUGUUUUUUGGAGAGGUAAUUUGAUGUUUCGACUGCAGCUGUAAAUUAGUGCUUCUUAGUGAUGCUUCUCUGUGAAACAGUGACACAAGAACUUCUUUUUUGAAUAAACAAAAUGUUCAAAUCAGGCUCUUAAAAAAAAUCACCAGAGGAACAGCGUUUUGUAGAUGACAGCCACGUUUAUUUUAAUUAUUUGGCUCAUCAGUGCCAAUCUGGACAGAGAAGUGACCUCGCAGAUUUUUUUGUUGUAAUUUAUCUGCUUCUGGUUUUACCUUUUUAAGUUUUUUUGCUCUUGAUAUGAAGCUUAUUCGUUUAACUAUAACUGAAUUCUUGGUUUAUGACAGAUCGGCAGCACAUACCAAGUGUAGGUGAUCGUUUGAAGGGUAGUUCUUUGUAAAUAAAAGCUGUUCAUAUAAAAAGAGGCGUGGUACACUUUGCAAAUUCCAGUAGCGUUUCAGACGGUUCCGUUUUCAUUCUCUGUAGUGGUUCAGGCAAGGAAACAGCAAUGCUACUGAGAUUUGACCCGAGUCACAUCUGUCCAGAGAGGACUGCUCUGCUGGUGUUAACAGUUAACUCGUCUCCAGAAAAACUUGGAAGAGAAGACGUUAACAGUCACACAUCUAAUGAAGGUGAUUCAAAAACUUUUUUGGGGGUUCAUUUUGCUCRUUACAGAAGGCUGUAUGUUUGAACUGUCACAAUAAAGCUGAAGUUCUGGAAAGGUCUCAGAUCACACUUGUGUACAUAAAUACUCUGUUCAGUUUGUAGACAAAUUGUUCUCAGGAUGAAUUUUAAUAAAUAAAAUGCUCUCAAUCUGU